AUGACGUUGAGCGAUCGUCCGUUGACUAAGAUCCCGAUCAAACGCGCCGCUCUGUCUCAUGACUGCAUCCUCUGUCAAGGGAAAGUCGAGCAGGGGGAGGAGAUAUGGCCCGUCAUCAAGCAGGGAGGGGCAAGCUUGAAUCCUGGGGGUAGGAAGGUAUCAGCACAUGCCUGGUGCCAUCUACAGUGCGCCAAGGACGCUGUGGGAGGAGGAGAGCUUGUUCCUCCUGUCUGUCCUCACUGGUUGAAGAAGGGAUCGUGCGGCUACGGGGAGCUCUGCUUUUACCUGCACCCAGUGGAGGGGUUAGAGGAACUGAGGAAACAGCUUCCGGACAGGAAGAGGAUAGGCUCAUGGAAGAGGAGCAAACUCAGGAACAGCAGCAAGGUGGGAUCGUUCCGUCGCUGGCUCCUAGAUCACUUCAGUCUAGACGAGCUUGCAGCAGGGACUGGCAUCCUUGACAUCGCGGGAGGAAAGGGAGAGCUCGCUUUUGAGCUUGCAAACCUCAACAAACUCCCAACGACGGUGGUGGAUCCGAGACCAUUGGAGCUCUCGAGCUAUAGGAGGAAGCUGCUGUAUAGCAUCUACUGGCGAAAUCCGCUCAUGCACAUGUACAUCGACCCGUCAGUGUCUGCUGACAGCCAACCUGUCUCUCCCACUCACCUCCGAUUGUUCUUCGAUGCGCCGCUCUUAUCCCACGUCCUCCAACACGGUCUGCCCCUCUUCCUCCUGCUGGGAAAGAGGAGCAAGGAGGUGGGCGUCUUCUGCUAUCGCGAUGAAAUCUCUCAACGCUCUCCCUCCUUUCAGUUUGUGUGGACCACCAAGGGAUUGAAGCCCUCGAGCGAGGAGACGGCGGAUCACUUGUACCCCAGGCAGAAGGCAAGGCAGGAGGGUGAUACAGAUCCAGUAGAUCGGCUCUUGUGUAGUGUGACUUCCUCCAGACGACGCUGGCGCGCCGUCGAUGACGUCUCCGAGGCUCUAAGGGUUCUCCGCUCCUGUUCCAUCCUGGUCGGCAUGCAUCCGGAUCAGGCUGUCGGCGACAUGGUGGACUAUGCUCUUGCCCUCCGCAAGCCCUUUGCUUGUGUCCCCUGCUGUGUGUACUGGAAGGAGUUUCCGAGGAGGAAGAGAGGGGACGGCAAGAUGGUGCGAACAUACGAGGAUCUGGUGGAAUGGCUCAAGGCCAAGGACCCCAACAUACAAGAGGACGUGCUUGACUUCGAGGUGAGCUCCCCUCGCUCCGACAAGAGCCUCACGCUUGUCAUGUGGACUAGGGGAAGAACAGGGUGUUGUGGUGGAGACCUCCUGAGCUCUCUAGGUGAGACGGGGAGGAGGAGAAAGCAAGAGCGUCGGGGGUUUACUGUUACAUCUUCUUCUUCUCCUUGUAGUCUUCGUAGUCGAAGUAGCAGUACAGCUCCUUCGACGGGUAGUCAAGGUCGCUGUCGCCACCGCACGAGUCCCCAUGGGCGAACCGGUUCCAGUCCCACCCGGACGGGAUCAGUCGCGAGUUCGCGCAGCACUGGGACUCGCCAUGGGCGUGCUUCCCGCAGUUAG